CGAGUUUGGAGUCCGAUACCCGUAGCGUACCUGUGCUCACGUGGCGUGUCCCUUAUCGUCAGGUUCACUUCUUCACAGUAUUUAUCUUCUGUAUUACAUACUCAUGCACUAUCCCUGGAAAUGAAAGUGUGCUUCAAUUGACCUUGAUCUGUUUAUGUAUCUACACAUCCAAGGCCAUAAUGACGUUCCUUGACUUUGCCGUUCGAAUGACCACAAAAGAGAAGAAGAUGCACAUCAUCAUGACUUCAUCGGACUCAUUCUUCCUCCAGUGGAUAGGAAAAUGUAUCAACCCUACCUAUCUCGAUUGGUUUGUCCUUGGCGACAUGACCCGAGACGAAGCGCACCGAUAUUUCCUGCACGCGCUCGAGACCGAUUGCCGACUUUCGGAAGAAAAGAAAGCGAUGCUGGGAUCAGUGGACUCGGAUACGAUCUACCGACUGACCGGCGGGCGGCCGAUUUUCAUCGAGAGCUACAUCCGACAAGUCCAUCAGUCUGGAUUUUUUGUUGAUCCUCUUCGCUUCCAGCCUGUGCGACAAGCGUACGGAUGUAUGUUCAACAGCCUCGGUGACGAGCCCAAGACGUAUGGCAAAGCCGAGACGCUCGCCGUCUCCAGCCUCCUCGUCAACUCUCCUGGACACCAUACAUCCUAUGGCAAUCUUGCAAUCAAGCUCGGCCUGCCCGUGGUCGAAGAAAUGUUCGAAAGAAACUUCCUGCAAUACCGACCACCAUCCACAUUCUCCCGCGAUCUCGAUCCUUCCCCGUACGAGACAGUUGUAACUGCUCAAAGUCAACCUUGCCUACGUGCCAUGGAAUGGUUUGUAAAUAGCCAUCGGAAUAAAUGA